AUGGGACGCUUCGAGUGGACGCUCGACCCCGCGUUCCGCGCGUCGAACGCCGCCGCCGCCGCCGCGUCCGACGCCUCCGCCUCUUCCGCGCCCCCUCAACCCCAACCCCGCGCGCGAUGGCGGCUCGGCGCGCUCGCGACGUCCGGGACGUGGGACGCCACCGCGCCGUCCGUCUUCGAGACGCCGAUGCUCCUCUCGCGCACGCGCCGCGGCGAACAUCCGCACCUCAUGCCGGACAUCAUGGACCUCCUCCCCGCGGAGGCGCGCGCGUUCCAGGUGUCCCUCGGGCACUUCCUCGAUCGCCUCGGGCCGGACCACGUGGGGAAUCAUCCGAACGGCGGGCGCGCGUAUUUCGGCGUUCGACCGACGUGCGUCGUGCUGUCGCCGCGCGAUCCCAUCGCGUUCGAGACGAACGCGCGGAACGCCAACGACGACGGCGUCUUCGUCGCCGGGCCGGACGGGACGAAGCCGCUCACGGUGGCGGAGUACGCGCGGUGGAUCAAAGCGCUGCAGGUGGACGCGUACGUGUCGCUGCCGGACGAGCGGCCGUGCGUGGAGGUGGAGGAGGUGGAUGACGACGCCGACGCCGACGCAGCGGCGGCGGCGGCGGCGGCGGAGACGGCGAGGAAGAAAGUCGUCACCGCGGUGAAACGCACCGAGCGGUGGCUCGAGGCGUGCCUCGGCGCGGACGUCGGCGGCGCCGCGUGCUUGGCGUCCGUGCAGGGCGGGUCGGAUCUCGCGCUGCGAGCGGAAGCCGCGAGGAACGCGGCGGCGCGCGGCGACGCCGUCGCCGGGUUUUCCAUCGGCGGACUCGGGACGUUUGCCGUCGUCUCUCUCCGCCCGCCUCUCGCUUUCAAUCCCCGCCCUCGGCGCCUUUCAACAUCAACUGACGCCUUUGAACUCCACCCCGACAUCGCUUCGUACGGAACGACCCUCAGCGCGGGCGAGUCCCCGGGGCCGACGCGAGACGCGCUGAUCGCCGCGGUGAUAUCGCAACUCCCCGAGGAUAAACCGCGGCACGUCACCGGCGUGUCCACGCCCCUGGACGUCAUACGCCUCGUCGAGCUCGGCGUGGAUAUCAUGGACGGCGCGUUCGCGCAUCAGUGCACGGAGAACGGGUACGGGUUGUGUUUCCCUUUGGCGCCCAAACGCGCCGACGGCGAGAAGGAGUUCGAGCCGAUGCACGCCAUGAACGAGCACCCGGACGCGACGCGGCACUCGCAUCAGAGCGAGUUCGUGGAGGAGACGGAUAAAGACCGCGCGAUCCAGGGCGGCGACGCGUGGAAGAUUAACUUGCUGUCGCUCGCGUUUAAGCUGGACGCGCGGCCGAUUCUCCCCGGGUGCGACUGCUUCACGUGCGCCAACCACCACAGGGCGUACAUACAUCACCUGCUGCAAUGCCACGAGAUGACCGCGCAGAUACUCAUCGACGCGCACAACGCGCAUCAGUACUGCAGGUUUUUCCGCGCGAUGCGACGGGCGAUGCGGGAGGGGACGUUCGAGGCGUUCGCGGCGUUUUACCGGGACCGCGCGAGACGCGUCGCCGGCGGCGGAUGA